AUGCAUCCCAAGAAAAAGAAGAAGAGGAGAACUAUCUACAUUCUACAUUCGAAAGUUAGGUUAUGGUUGGGAGGAUUAUGUGAAUUUCAUUAUUUUAUUUCUUCUGGAACAGAUAGGAAUAGGAACAUGUUUUUAACCAACGUUUUGUUGAAAAAAGCCAAAAGCAAGGAAAUAAUGGUCCAACUGCAAAGUGUUGUCAGUGGCCAUACAUUCAACAAAAUAAGAGAGCGAUUGGGGGACAAACUAGAAGUUAUCAGAUUUGAUCCUUGGAUUCAAAUGCAAUGUUUGUAUAAAGAAAAGAAGAAAGUAAGGAGUAUGUAAAUUUCACAGAGGUCCACUUGUAUAUUAUAAUAGUUAGAGAUUUUUAAGAAGAAUGAACAUUA